AUGGGGAGUCUGAAGAGUGAGUUGGGGAGUAUAAAGAGUGAGAUAGGAAGCCUAAAGAGUGAGAACUCAAGCACCAAACUGCACCCAGCUUCUCCAACUGAAUCAGUGUCGGAAGCAAAGAAGACGACUCUAUCGUCGGAUUUUGAACAGACCAGCUUAACCCCGUCAAGCUUGACUUUUCCACCACUCAAAUUCGAAGUGGAUGGAGAUACUGAAGUCCAGUCACCGGAUUACUCACUUUGGGAAUCAUUUUUCUCCGAUCAACUCGAAGGGGACUUCAUGAUCUCAUCACCGGUGAGGAACCUCAACCUACCCUCCCCACAAGCAUCAAACUACAACUACGCUCAGGCAAUGCAUGGGCAGAGUCCUAUGUGGUGCUCUCCGCCUCGCAUGUCUUCUCCACUAGGACCUAAAGGCAAGGGGCUGAGUCUGAGACUAAGCCCACUACAUAAGUUUUUCAACUCUCCAAAUAACCAGUAUAUGCAGCCAGAGAGCCUUUCGCUGCCAGCUCUUGAGAACUUGCUGGAUGAUUAUGAGAGAGAUGAUGAUUUCCUAUCCUAUUCAACUGCACAAUUACAAACCUCAGGUGUUGGACAUGGAAGCUCAUCAGAUUGUUUUGAUGCACUGACAACGGUCCCAGUACUGUUGGACUGCUUAACAUUACCGAACUCUUCAAGGUUUUGUGAUCAAUCGGUAGGCGAAACAUUGAGCCAAGGAUCACAACUGAAUCAAGCGAGUGAUAUUUACCAGAUGUUCUCCAUUGUCACCCCACCACUAGCGGAACAAUUACAACAAGAGCGGCAGACCGAAAAGAAAGAAAGGCAACAGCAGCAGCAGCAACAACAGCCACCGGCACCACCACAUCAUGGACGAGGACAACCACAUAACAUUAACCAUAAUUUGAUGGUGCCUCUCUCUCUUGAACCUGAGCAGGAACAAGACAGUGGGCUGCAACUGGUGCACCUCCUUCUUGCCUGUGCUGAAGCAGUUGCCAAAGAGGACUACAUGUUAGCAAGGAGAUACCUCCACCACCUCAACGGAGUGGUCACGCCACUUGGUGAUUCCAUGCAACGUGUUGCCUCCUGUUUCACUGAAGCCCUAAGCGCCAGACUUGCCUCAACCCUAACCACAAAACCUAGCACCUCAACCCCUAAACCCUUCACUCCUUUCCCUCCAAACUCUCUAGAAAUUCUCAAGAUUUACCAAAUUCUUUACCAGGCUUGCCCAUACAUUAAAUUUGCUCAUUUCACUGCCAAUCAAGCAAUCUUUGAAGCGUUUGAAGCCGAAGAGUGUGUACAUGUUAUCGACCUUGAUAUCCUCCAAGGUUACCAAUGGCCUGCUUUCAUGCAAGCUCUAGCUGCUCGACCAGGCGGGGCUCCAUUUCUCCGGAUAACUGGAGUGGGUCCCUCGCCGGAGGUGGUGAGGGAGACCGGCCGGUGUUUAACUGAACUAGCUCACUCUCUCCAUGUGCCAUUCGAAUUCCACCCGGUUGGCGAGAAACUUGAAGACCUAAAACCACACAUGUUCAACAGACGGGUUGGAGAGGCUCUAGCGGUUAACUCAGUUAACAGGCUCCAACAUGUUCCUGGUAGCUGUCUUGGGAAUUUAUUAACCAUGAUCAGAGACCAAGCGCCAAAUAUAGUGACCAUUGUUGAACAAGAAGCAAGCCACAAUGGGCCCUACUUCUUGGGUCGGUUUCUGGAGGCAUUGCACUAUUAUUCAGCUAUUUUUGACUCAUUGGACGCGACAUUUCCAGCAGACUCGGCUCAGAGAGCAAAGGUAGAGCAGUAUAUAUUCGCGCCUGAGAUAAAGAACAUCAUAGCGUGUGAGGGGCAGGAGAGGGUAGUGAGGCAUGAGAGGUUGGAGAAGUGGAGGAAGAUCAUGGAAGGUAAGGGCUUCAAAGGGGUGGCACUGAGUGCAAACGCGGUGACUCAGUCGAAAAUAUUGUUGGGUUUAUAUUCAUGUGAUGGUUAUAGAUUGACAGAGGACAAGGGUUCCUUGCUCUUGGGUUGGCAGGAUAGAGCCAUACUUGCUGCUUCCGCAUGGCGAUGCUGA